AAUUCCCCUUCACACGCCUCCAGAAAGUUGGCACCUGCCCAACGACAUAUUACCCAACAAACUCUGCAAACGAGACAAACCCAAUUCCUCUCCACCUUCAUCCUCCUGUCUUCUUCAAUCUCCAUCUGACUGUCAUAUCUACCACUCCGGGCCGUCAAUCUAGCCUCGCAUACAUGCUGCACUUGCGGUGACGGACGGGUAUUAGCGAAACCUUGAUUUGCCAUCCGCACGCCUGCUCCUGCAAUAUUUCGUCCGACGCACAAAAACUUCAUGUAGGACUUGUAAAAUGGCCUACGACAGAUACAGAAGCCCAAAUGCCGACAAGCGCUCGCAGUACACGUCGCAGGACCACAGCGAUGCACUACGCUACGAUAGCGCCCACGACAACAAACAGCGUCGCUCUCGCGGUUCGUCCUGUGCCAGCUCAGUCAUCUCAGACCAAGCACAGCCCAUACACGAUGCUGCCCAGGCCGUCCAAACGGCGUUUGACAGGUCUCAAGCUGCUAGCGAAGUCGAUCCAAACCUGAUCAAAAUCAUCACCGAGCAAGUGUCGAAACAAGUCAUUGAUAGUUUGAAGUCGUCUGGCAUCCAUCGCUUUCCUCAAUCGAAAGAGUCUACUCCCGAUUCGUUUCCGUCUCGAAAUGUCUACACACCACCCUCUCCCACCCGGCAGAGCGACUAUUCAAAUGCCUCGGACUCACCACGUCAAAGAUCUGCAUUCGACGGCCAGGACGAGACGCCUACACCUCGAUUAGACCGGGUCCACCGCACCAUGUCCACAACAUCUCAAACUAGUACAGACCAAUCGAAGCGCGAUCGUGAACGUCCUGUUAUAUCUCAAAAGGUGUCGCCCGAAAACGAGGCUACACCACUAGAGAACACUUGGGAGAGAUUAUUUGAGGAAGAUGGCACUCCCACUCCGAGAGUCAAUCAAUUCUUGCGUGGUCUUGCACAACACCUUAUUGAUGACUACGAGCCAAAGAAGAGCAUUGUAGUGACUCCUGACAAGAUGCUGAGAUUCUAUCGAGAAACACAGGUUGAUGACGAGAUCUUUCCGUGGGGCAAGAUUUUCUGCAAACUCCCAAAUACUUCUAUAUCGAAGAUGUAUCGCGAUCUUCGUUGCCAACACCACAUGGUCCAAGAGAUCGAUGGCUGCGAGUAUGCUCCAUCCAUUCCAGGAUUGACACCUCACGGAUUCAGACGCUGGAUGGAAACCAUGAUUCGAGCGUAUCCUGAUGUAGAGUUUCAACGGCUCGCAAAAGCCGUAAAAGAGAUGCCGAUUAGCAACCCGGACAAACCAACGGAAAGAUUUCCAAAGGCCCUUUCUCGCAGACUUCUGCCAAAGUCCGACAACAUGCAGUACCAGCAGUUGUGCUGUGCUACGUUGGCCUGUGAGGGUAAAGUGCCGCUCCACAGACCGACCUCCUUUCCCCCACCUCCACCACUCAACUCUCAGCCCUCGACGCAAUCUCAGGCCACGCUGGAACGAGAUCGGAGCCCGUAUUCAGGUGCUCCUGGUCGUGAUACAGCAGACAGCUCUGAUCACGAAACGCCUGUGGGAGUACCUAUUGAGCGUGAAAGGAAGCCCUAUACUGCUCGAGAAGGUACGGGUAAAUUCUACGACAAGGGUGACAACGAUCGAUCAAACAGCAAAGGCAAUCGCCUGCACAGAUCACAGUCCAAUGCCAGUGCAACAAGUGCAUAUUCGCCAGGUCGUGAGAGUGCCGCGGACUACAGCCAGUCCAGCUCUCGGCAAUCUCGAGCAUACAAAAGCACAAACGGCCGAAGACGAAGUCCAUCUUACGGCAGGGGAGCGAGCUAUGGCAACCGUUCAGACAGCAGCGUCACCGAUAUCCCCGCGAACCAAUACGCCUCGAACAUGUACGACUACGAGGAGAGCAGAUACCGGGAAGCUGAGAGCAAGCGUAGCGAACACACGCGCCGCCCGACAGGCGACGAUGUGGACCGCAGCUACCCACCCGGCCCAAGAUCAGUCUACGAUGAUGACUACUACCAUCGCAGUCGCAGCACGAGUAAUGUGUAUGGUGGCAACUACCCCACGCCAUAUUCACAACCGCCUCCGCCCUCGUCGCGCUAUUGAAAAUACAUGGAAUGCCCCGAUGGACAGGCGUGCCCUUGACCGGUCGCAACUGCUUCCCUGUCGGGCUUACCCCAAUGCCUUGUGCCUGGACCCUUGUCAGAGAGACCUCAUGAGCUAAGCGACUUUUUUCCGG